CAUUCCCAUAUUCUUUAAGCUCUUACUUAUAAAUACCAAUUUAUAGUGCAUAUAUUAUUAAGUAAUCCAUUUCUUUUCACUUCACUAGCCAAUAUAUAUUGUUUCAAUAUUUUAUUUCUUGCUGCUUAGCUGCAAAUUGAACUCCUGGCUUUCACUAGCUAGCUAGCGUAGGUAUUCUGAUGGAAAACAAGGAGGCCAAGUAUGAUGAUCAUGGUCAUCAUGAUCAUCAUCAUCUAGGGAUGAUCUUCAUUAUGAUUGUGAUAAUGAUGGUCGUGAAUAAUGGAGUGGGAGUGGAUGGUCGCCUGAGAAUGGAUUACUAUAUGAUGGAUUGCCCCUUGGCUGAUUUCAUUGUUAAAAACAUUGUGAAUAAACAUUUGGAGAACGACCCUACGUACCCUUGCUGCUUCUCUUCUUAGGAUGCACUUCCAUGAUUGUUUCAUCCAGGGGUGCGAUGCAUCUGUAUUGAUAGAUUCAAGUCAGAAGAAUAAGGCAGAAAAGGACUCGCCGGCCAACUUGAGCUUAAGAGGGUAUGAAGUUAUUGAUGAGGCCAAGGAAGAGCUUGAGAAGCAAUGCCCCGGAGUUGUUUCUUGUGCUGAUAUUAUUGCUAUGGCUGCCCGAGAUGCCGUCUUCUUUGCUGGAGGUCCAGUUUAUGAAAUACCCAAAGGCAGAAAAGAUGGAAAAAGGUCAAGAAUAGAAGACACUAGAAAUCUACCAUCUCCCACUCUCAACAGCUCUCAGCUUAUCAGCAUGCUUAGGCAGCGUGGCUUCACGGUUCAAGAAAUGGUAGCCUUGUCAGGUACCAAAAUCCUACGGAAUAAUAGUAAUGGUUUUUACAUUCUUUUUCAAUUGUCUGCCACCACCAAUGUUAUCCACUAGUGCAGUCCGGAAAAAAUCUCAGUCAAAGUUUGUUGAGUUGCUUGCCGGCCGGCUACUAAGAAGUGCCGGAAUGGAGUUUAACUUUUAAGGAGUGGUUGCUAUAAAAAAAAGUGGGUUUCAGGUUUUGAGUUAAAUUAAAAGAAAUUGAAAUGACUAAAUGAGUGUUUUCAAGUGAUAGUUUCUACGUAAAUAAAGUAAUUAAAAACUGAAAUCUGAAAGUAUGUGGAAGGAUGCUUUAAGCUGCUAUUCUCUUUUGGGAUUUUGCCUUGAAUAUUACAAAUAAGUGGAUACGUAGUAUUUGACAAAAAGUGACCUUUUAUUUAAUUUUCCAAAAAUGUGACUGAAAACUAACAGUACCGCUACAGUAACGGCGCUACAGUACUUGUGCUACAGUGACGAUUUUAUAGUGACAUCACUACAGUGACAAUUGUACAGUGACCGGGGUUUGUAUCAAACUGUGACACUGUGACCGGGGCGGGCUGUAAACAUUGUAGAAUGGAAAAAAAUACUUAUUUUAUCAAACACCACCAACUUUUACUUUUUCAGAAGCAUAUUUUAUCAAACAUUAGCAACUUUAACUAUUAAGUACUUUCUCCAAAAUCACUUUAAAAAAAAAGGGAAAAUGGAAACUAAUAAUCCAACUUUUUAGCGGUCUUCUUACAAUAAUCCAACCUUUUGGUUAUUCAUGAAUAAUCCAACCUUUGCACCUCAUCUUCAUUCACUGGUCCCUGACCGGUUGAUGACGUGCUAUUCCAAGCUAUUUUGUUAUCUUUGCAAUUCAUUAUACCAUAAAUCUCAUCUUUCACAAAGAUAAUAUUUUGCAAAGAUAAGAAAAUAACUUGGAAUAGUAGGUCAUUAACUGACCAGGGACCAAUGAAUGAAGAUGAGGUGCAAAGGUUUGAUUAUUCAUGAAUAAUCAAAAGGUGGGAUUAUUGAAAGAAGACCGCUAAAAGGUUGGAUUAUUAGUUUCCAUUUUCCUUAAAAAAACCAUUUUUUUGUAGUAGAAGUAAUCACAGACACUCUCUUAAGCAUUGUUUGCAAAUGCUUCUCAAAAGCACUUUUGGGCUUUUUUGGCAGCAGAAGUCAUUUUGGGUGUUUGCAAAACACCACUUCACCGUUCGAAAAGCUGGAAGCAGCUUUUCCUAAAGCUUGGUAAUUUGGUAAUUCUGAAAAACUUGAAGGGCAUUUAUAACAUUAAUAUGUGUUGUUAUACAUUAAUGCCCUUCUCUCUUUCCUUCUACAGAUCGAUCUUCCCUAUCGACGAAGCAAGCUCUCCCCAACCCUGCAGCACUUUCUCCGUCUAUCUGCGUUGCCGCUAAUGAAGUUGGGAAGCCACCGAACUGAAGUUGAAGAUCCAUAGCUGUUGAUUUGCUCAAGGUUAGUAUGAAAUGGAGUUUUUGUUUUUCAAUCCGUUCAUUCUUCUGCUUGACAAAUUUGCUCGUUGUUUCUUUGAUCUGUAGCUGUUCGGCUUAAUUUUCUGUUCCAAUCCCGUAAUUGAUUUGCUUAUUGUUUUUCAAUCCAUUCAUUCUUCUGCUCAAGUCUUUUUUCUUUGUUCUCUUUCGAUUUUUAUUCCAAUUGAAGAAAGGAAAUCUGAAACAUACCUGAUUAAAUCUUGUGAUUCCUAAAGAGUCACACAGUUUUUUAUUCUGGGAAUUUGUCAAGGGGUUUUUAUCUCCAUAUAAGGGGAACAAGUAUCACAUACCCGACUUCAAAAGGGCGGCAUCUUACAAUAACCAGUAUGAAGUAUUUAAUCAUGUGCAUUCAUCAUUGCGUUCAGUGAUUGAACGAUCAUUUGGUGUAUGGAAAAAGAAAUUCCAAAUAAUGGAAUCCAUGCCAGUCAAUAUAAGUUGGAAUGAUCAAAUAUGUCUUGUACCUGCGACCAUGGCUGUUCACAAUUUUAUUCGAAAGAAUGAUCCUAGUGAUGAUGACUUUUAUGAAGCAGAACAUGCAACUUCAUCCAGUGGCGAUGAAGAAGACGACACCUUGGACGAGGUGCAAUUUCCUGAGAUCGAUGAAGGUAUGAAUAAACUGAGAGAUGACAUAUGUGCAUCGAUAAUGUUUGGAAGAUUUGGUAUUCCUCCGUAUUAGUCUGAUUGAGUUAUUAAGGUUACAUUAAUAUAAUUUUGGAAACUAUUGGUAUUCCUAUGAUACAAGGGUUGUUUGUAUCCAAAUGUUAUUAAUUUAUCGUAUGCGAACUUUAAUCACAUUAUGUAGAAUAGUAUACCGUAUUAAUCCAAACUUGUAAACCCGAAAUCUGCCAAAUUAAAGUAUCCCC